CCGAAAAAUCCAACUGUCUUCUCUUCUCCCUUCAACAAAACUUUAAAAAUAAAAAACCAGAAUUUCCCUACUUCCGAAGUGAAUUACUCUCUCUAGUGGUAGAAAAUGGCAUCGCCGUCUCCUCAGUAUGCUGCCUAUGUCAAACACUGAGAAGGCCUUUUUACGCUAUUGCAAAUUUUCUGACAAUUCUCCUUCCCAGAUUAUUAUUUUUCUUAAUACAGUAGUUUUGACCUUAUUAACAUUUGCAAGCAGUUAUUGGGUUCAAAUAUUGGACCAACCCUACUUGUAUUUUGGGUCAAUUCAAGUGAAACCACAAUUGGAAUUAGUGGAUUCUCCAUUUCCACAUUUUCAUUCUCAGCUAAUUGGCUUCAACCAUGGAAGGUCGAGAACUUCAAAUGCAUGCCAAAUACACCAUCUCACAACAGCUCUUGUGGUUCUUUGGCAUAACAGCAUGCAUAAAGCUCCUACUGAUCCCAUCAUAUCACAGCACAGAUUUUGAAGUCCAUCGACAUUGGCUGGCUUUGACCCACACCCUCCCUCUCUCUCAGUGGUACUUCGAUGAGACCAGCCCCUGGACUCUUGAUUACCCUCCAUUCUUUGCCUAUUAUGAAUAUUUUCUGUCCUUCUUUGCCUAUUUCAUUGACCCCCAAAUAGUUGAUAUCCACAGAGGCCUUGGUUAUAAAUCAAACACAGUAAUCUAUUUCCAAAGGAUCAGUGUGAUUAUCUCAGAUUUGUGUCUUCUCUAUGGAAUUUACAGAUUGACAAAAAAAUUGGAGUCUAGGAGAAGAAUUUUAAUGUGGGUAUUGGUGGUUUGGUCCCCAGGACUUAUAAUUGUGGACUCUAUGCAUUUUCAGUACAAUGGAUUUUUGUUAGGACUGUUGAUGUUGUCCAUUUCCUACUUGCAAGAAGGAAGGGAUUUGAUUGGUGGCUUCAUUUUUGCUAUUUUGUUAUGUUUGAAGCAUUUGUUUGCAGUGGCUGCUCCAAUUUACUUUGUCUAUUUGUUGAGGCAUUAUUGCUGGAAAGGUUUAUGGGGGGGUUUUGGGCGCCUUUCAGCUAUGGGGUCUGUUGUCAUGGUGGUUUUUGCAGCUGCAUAUGGUCCAUUUUUCUAUCAUGGGCAGAUACAACAAGUUAUCAGCCGUAUGUUUCCUUUUGGCAGGGGACUCUGCCAUGCAUACUGGGCCCCAAACUUUUGGGUAUUCUAUAUUAUAUUAGAUAAAGGCCUAGCUAUUGUUUUCAGAAAACUUGGAUUAAACAUCCAAGCAUCGUCAGCAUCAUUUACUAGUGGGCUGGUGGGGGAUUCACCACCUUUUGCUGUGCUUCCUAAGAUCAGUCCCUUGGCAACCUUAAGCAUGGUAUUGCUUGCCUUAUUUCCUUGCCUUGUAAAGGCUUGGAAGAAUCCCCAACCAGGAUUGUUUACCAGAUGGAUUGCUUAUGCUUAUACAUGCGGCUUUUUAUUUGGGUGGCAUGUACAUGAAAAAGCAUCACUCCACUUUAUCAUCCCCUUGGCUGUUGUUGCUGUGGAGAGCAUGGAAGAUGCAAGGCAUUACUUCUUGCUUUCUAUAGGUAUUCUCACUCUUGCCAAACUCAUAUCUGUUAAAAGUCUUCUAGCAAGUUACCGAAUGACAUUCUCAAUCUUUGUUAGGCAGAAUAUGAUAUCCAUGUUCUUGGACUGCAUCUUGCUACUCAUUGUUUCCACUUCUAUAUGAGGCUCAGGAGUAUCCUAUUAAAGUGCUGCUGUUGGUAUUACACUCCAUUUUAAUGUGGUACAGCUUCUCUGCACGAUUCAGCAAGGAUGAAGCAGCCAAAACGGUCAUAUCAGCAAAGAUAGGAGGUGCACGAUUGGGUUCAUCCGGAACUUCAAGCACCAUUAAUGUUAAAGGAGGCAUCCUUAUUGGAUGGGUUGGGAAAUGUUACCUAUGUGGCCUUUUGGCUAUUGAAAUAUGGAAUCAGUUUUUGCAUCCUUAUCUCCUUGGUGACAAGCUUCCAUUUGUACCCCUUAUGUUAAUUUCUACAUAUUGUGGAUUGGCAAUGAUUUACUCAUGGUUAUGGCAGCUGAAAUGGAUCAUGAAUUCUACCUGAUGCUUAGGGUGAUGUUUAUACUGUUGCUGAGAGUGCUGAUUUUUCAUGCGCUAGAUAGAAAAUUUUUGUAGCUUCACAUUUCUAUAUAAUUUCAUGUAUCUUAACCUUCAUUCAGGAGGCUUUCAGAAUUUGUGUUUUAAAAGGUGGUCUCAAAUGCUGACACCAGGACAUCUUUAAUAAUAUUAGUCAUGUAUGAGUUAAAAUCAUACGAGGUACGUAUUAUCCUAA